AUGGAUACGACAGGGUCUAUUAACACUGAGGCUUUAGAUGCCAUUGAAAAUGAGGAGGAGGUUAUUGACGAUUCGGAGGAGAGGGAACUGGUGACUGACUCAUGUUCAACAAAGGUUUUGAGCACAGGAGAGCAGCCUAAAGACAAUUACAGCAUUGUUUAUAUACUCUUUUAUUUAUUUGGAAUCACUUCGCUUGUGCCCUGGAAUUUUGUCAUAACAGCCAAUGAUUAUUGGAUGUAUAAAUUUCGGGAAGUCAAACCGAAUAAUCUCACGAUGGUGGUGCGUAAGACGGAGUUCCAGGCGGAAUUCACUUCAUUCCUCAACAUGGCCACCGCUGUUCCUAACUUAGCAUUUCUACUCCUCAACUCUCUAUAUGGGCAUUUAGUACCAAUGAAAGCAAAAUUGCAAGGGUCACUGGUGAUAGUGACUUUAUGUUUCCUGGUGACGACUGCAUUUGUCCAGGUGGAUACGGAUGAAUGGCAGCUGACAUUCCUUAUCAUCACCAUCGCUACUGUCUUUGUGAUGUCUGCUGCCAGCGCGGUGUUCAUCGGAGGCUUAGUAGGCAUAGCGAGCAGAUUCUCCAAAGAAUACAUGGCGGCCGUUGUAAGCGGCCAGUCCCUGGGGGGCAUCAUAGCGGCUCUAGCCCAGAUCAUGUCACUAGCAUUCAAAGUAUCUCCCUUACACAGUGCUCUUAUAUACUUCGUGAUCGCCGAUGUAAUGGUCAUCACUUCCCUAAUAUCAUACAUCAUGUUGUACAAGAUUGAUUUCUUCACGCAUCAUAUUUUACGAGGCAGUGGCGGUAUGGGCAGUAACAGACAUAGGGAUGUAUUUAUAACGGUUAUUGCUAAGAAGAUCUGGGUGUACGCCUUCAGUAUAUUCGCCGUGUUCGCUAUCAGUAUGUCUGUGUAUCCAGCUGUUACUGUGCUGGUCGAAUCUCAUCCUGCUACUGCGGGCACUGAUUGGAAUAACAUAUACUUCGUCCCCGUUGUGAAUUAUUUGAUCUUCAACUGCGGUGAUUACGCUGGGCGAUUAGUUGCCGGGUUCUUGUUGAGACCAACAAACCAAUGGAUAAUCCUAGCAGCGAGUAUCCUUCGUAUAAUUGGCGUACCAAUGUUGAUGCUAUGCAACGCUCAGCCCCGCAAGUACCUGCCAGUAGUAUUCCUGUGGGAUUGGGAGUAUAUCAUCAUCAUGAUCCUGUUCGCGUUCAGUAACGGAUACCUUACUAACAUUGUAAUGAUUAAUUCUACCAGGGUGGUAGAGGUGCACGAACGUGAGAAGGCCUCAAGUAUAAUAGCUCUGAUGCUGAGCGUUGGAUUAUGCGCAGGCGCCGGUUUUGGAAUGCUUCUAGUACAUCUACUAUAA